AUGGUGCACAAAGACUCCGAAGGAUACAUCUCCGACUCCUCCUCUUCCGCCUCUUCCGCCUCGGAAGACCUCGACAAUGACUUUGGCGAUUGGCAAUCCGAUGCCUCCAACCCACCCUCCCCUACCUUGUCCCUUUUUCCUGACCCAUCCACCGGCAAACUCCUCUCUUUCAAGUCUCCUAUCGAAGCUCUCUCCCACUCGAAAACCCUCGGGUGCGACUUUGUUGCGCUCGUCUCCCGUCUUGAGCUCGACACUUUGCAGGUCAUCCGAUUGGUCAAUCAUAUUCGACGAAACAAGCUCACCCCUGACCAAGUCAACGCCGUUCAACAGGACGAUAAGCUUCUCAUUGACGAUGCAGAAUUGAAGCCGGUGGAGGGGUUCGAAGAUGACGGAUUGCUUCAAGUCAAUUUCGAUCUUCUCUCCACCCCCGCUGCCCCUACCGGAAAGGAAGUAGGAAGUGAGACAAGGCGGGUGAAAGAGUUGGAAGAACAACUCUCCAACACCCUCUCUGCAUACAACGAACUUCGUUCGAUCCACGCUGCCACCCUAGGUCUAUCCUCCACCGAUCUCACUGAAUCUUCUGGCGAUUCGCUCAACAUGGAACAACGCUGCAAACUAGCCUCCUCCUCCCUCGCCCGCACAAAACGCGGAGCGAACCAAGCAGAAGAUGACAUGCUCUAUUUCGACUCCUACUCCACCAACUCGAUCCAUCAGACUAUGAUCACUGAUUCCGCCCGUACUCUUUCCUAUGCGCAGUUCCUCCUUCACCCUGCCAACUCGGAUUUGAUCCGGGGGAAAGUGGUAAUGGAUGUGGGAUGCGGUACAGGCAUCCUAUCCCUCUUUGCUGCCCGAGCGGGUGCGAAACAGGUUAUUGCGAUUGAUGCGAGCGCUAUUGUAGAGAGGGCGAGAGAGAAUGUGGAGAAGAACGGAUUCGGACAUAUUGUAAAGGUGCACAAGGGCAAGUUGGAGGAUUUGCAAGGAGAGUUAAAGCAGUGGGAGGGGAAAGUGGAUGUGUUGGUGAGCGAGUGGAUGGGGUAUUUCUUGCUAUAUGAGAACAUGUUGCCUAGUGUGUUGGUUGCGAAAGAGAGGUAUCUCGAGAAGGAGAGCGGUGUGCUGGCUCCGAAUAGGAUGACAAUGCAUUUGGCGGCCUUUAGAAGCGAUGCAUUACUGCAGACCAAGUUGAAGUUUUGGGAUGAUGUACAUGGCUUUAACAUGGCUAGUAUGACGACCGGCUUGUUGGAUGAAGCGUUUGUCGACGUUUUGGAUGCGAAAGAGGUUGUGUCAGAUAGCUACAUCUUUGCUGAUCUCGACCUUCCUACCCUCCCCCCAAAGCAGCCAGAGCCGGAGAGUGAUUUCGAACUCAACAUCACGGACGAAACCGAUACGGUUCACGGGUUCAUUUCUUGGUUCGACACAUUCUUUUACCCUUCCUCCACCGUGGCCCAGGGCGACAGUACGGAUUGCUCGGCGUUCGAUUUGACAGAAAAGGACGUCUACGGGCUAGACCUGAAGAACAACCAAACCACCCAGCCUCAAGAAGGAGGCCAGGGCAAAAGAGUACUAGUAAAAUUCUCCACUAGCCCAUACAGCAAAGAGACGCACUGGCAACAGACGCUUUUUGUCCUCAAAGAACCCAUGACAGAUGUAAAGAAAGGCGACAAGAUCAAAGGAAGAAUUGUCGUACGCCAGGAUCAGAAACAUCUUCGACAGCUGCAGGUCGAUCUGCAUUAUCUGCACGUCAAGCCGGAGAAACAAGGUGGAGCGGAGGGAAAGAAGAAAGUAGAAACGAUGCUGGUUCAGAUGUUUAUGGUUCGUUAA